AUGCAGCGCGCGCUCUCUUCCCGGACAUCUGUCCUGUCGGCCGCUUCCAAGCGUGCCCCUUUCUCUCGCUCCAGCUUGAACCUUCAACAGCAGCGGUUUGCCCACAAGGAAAUCAAGUUCGGUGUUGAGGCUCGUGCCAGCCUCCUCAAGGGUGUUGACACUCUGGCCAAGGCUGUUACCUCUACUCUGGGUCCCAAGGGUCGCAAUGUCCUGAUCGAGUCCUCCUACGGCUCCCCUAAGAUCACCAAAGAUGGUGUUACCGUCGCCAAGGCUAUCCAGCUACAGGACAAGUUUGAGAACCUCGGUGCCCGCCUCCUCCAGGACGUCGCCUCCAAAACCAACGAGCUCGCCGGUGACGGUACCACUACCGCUACCGUUCUGGCCCGUGCCAUCUUCUCCGAGACUGUCAAGAACGUUGCUGCUGGCUGCAACCCCAUGGAUCUACGCCGCGGUAUCCAGGCUGCUGUUGAUGCCGUUUUGAUCUAUCUGCAGGAGAACAAGCGCCCUAUCACCACCGGCGAGGAAAUUGCUCAGGUCGCUACCAUCUCCGCCAACGGAGACACCCACGUCGGCAAGCUUAUCUCCACCGCCAUGGAGCGUGUUGGCAAGGAGGGUGUUAUUACUGUUAAGGAGGGUAAGACUCUGGAGGACGAGCUCGAGGUUACUGAGGGUAUGCGAUUCGACCGUGGCUACACCUCCCCCUACUUCAUUACCGACCCCAAGUCCCAGAAGGUCGAGUUCGAGAAGCCCUUGAUCCUGCUCUCUGAGAAGAAGAUCUCUGCUGUUCAGGACAUUAUCCCUGCCCUUGAGGCCUCUACCACUCUCCGCCGCCCAUUGGUUAUCAUUGCCGAGGACAUUGAGGGUGAGGCUCUCGCCGUCUGCAUCUUGAACAAGCUGCGUGGCCAGCUCCAAGUUGCCGCCGUCAAGGCUCCCGGCUUCGGUGACAACCGCAAGAGCAUCCUUGGUGAUCUUGCCGUGCUCACCAACGGUACAGUCUUCACCGAUGAGCUCGACAUCAAGCUCGAGAAGCUUACUCCUGAUAUGCUCGGCACUACUGGUUCUAUCACCAUCACCAAGGAGGAUACCAUCAUCCUCAACGGUGAGGGAAGCAAGGACUCUAUUGCUCAGCGUUGCGAGCAGAUCCGCGGUGUCAUGGCUGACCCCGGUACCUCCGAAUACGAGAAGGAGAAGUUGCAGGAGCGCCUGGCCAAGCUCUCCGGUGGUGUUGCCGUCAUCAAGGUCGGCGGUGCCUCCGAGGUUGAGGUCGGCGAGAAGAAGGACCGUGUUGUCGAUGCCUUGAACGCCACCCGCGCUGCCGUUGAGCAGGGUAUUCUGCCCGGUGGUGGUACUGCUCUGCUCAAGGCAUCUGCCAACGCCUUGGGUGAUGUCAAGCCCUCCAACUUCGACCAGCAGCUCGGUGUCAGCAUCAUCAAGAGCGCUAUCACCCGACCCGCUCGCACUAUUGUCGAGAACGCCGGUCUUGAGGGCAGCGUGAUUGUCGGCAAGCUCACCGACGAAUUCGCCAAGGACUUCAACCGUGGCUUUGACAGCUCCAAGGGUGAGUUCGUCGACAUGAUCGAUGCCGGUAUUGUCGACCCUCUCAAGGUUGUCCACACUGCUUUGAUUGACGCCAGCGGUGUUGCCUCCUUGCUCGGUACCACUGAGGUCGCCAUUGUCGAUGCCCCUGAGGAGAAGGGCCCCGCCGGUCCCCCCGGUGGCAUGGGUGGCAUGGGUGGUAUGGGCGGUAUGGGUGGUGGCAUGUUCUAA